CAUCGUCGCUCUCCGAGUCGGAUAGCAUCGAAUGAUCCGAGUCGCAGAAGGGAAAAUAUCGAAAGUCACGUGAGACAACGGCGCAUGAGAAGAUACUACCAAGUCGGCGGGUACAAGGCCAACAUCCACCCUACCAGCUACAGCCAGAAACGAACCCUGCUUGAUAUCGUCUAUGACCGCUUACAGCGUGAUGACGGGGGUGUCGAAUUAUUCCUCGGCAUUAAACUAUCCGGCACUUCUCAUCUCUUAGUUUCUGAGGAAGAUGCCGCUCGGUUGCGUGGCGAAACACGUUGCAACUCGUCGCUUCUCUCGUCCGAUUUCGAGUCCAUUUCGCCUCUCGUAUUCCGCGACAAGCCUUCGUUGGAGAAAAAGUUCGAUACGCUUUCACAACCAGCCAACAAGAAUAAGAAGAAGAAGGGCAUCGAUCGUGACCUGUCCCGCGCUAACAAGGUGUUCGUCUCGUCCUCGCAGGAGGGCCUAUCUCGUGGCCAAUUCGAAAACGCAAGGCGAGUGCCUUUUCAUCAGCGUUGUCUUUCGACUAAUCAUCCUGACAGAGUCCUCUAUCGCCUUGCUACAGAUCCCGGAGCCGCACCGAAAUAUGACCUCGACUUGACCGGUUUUCCGUUGAACAAUGAAGGCCGCACCCUUGACAUCCCGAUCUACUGUUUUGCCUACAACAUAUGGAACUCCGACAGCCGCUCGCUAGAAAAUCGUACUAGAGAGCCGAGAUUUCUCGACGUAGCCUGGGGAGAGGCACCCGCGCUCGAUCAGCGAGAAACCGCCGACACGAUGAAAACACUGUCCCACAUUCGCGAGAAAAGCUCCGCCAAUCUUCAACAGAGAAACCUUCCUAUGAAGGCCUUUGAAUGGGCUGAUGUCAACGGGCCCACCGAACUGCUUAAUCUAGACGACAUCAGGACCAAGAUAGGAAAUUUCUUCGAACCAUUAUCUCGACCUUCAGCAUCUCCCGCCAUUCUUCUCGUCCAUAACAAAUCAACGGCACUUAAUGUCAACUCCUCCGCGAAAAUGUUGGCCACCGUCCCCGUCAAGCACCUCGAGACCCUCGCCACCGACCAGAGGAUCAUACUUCUUCCCGAGACCGUUCUCGCUCGCCACGUCGCCAGGCGCCUAAUGCCAACCGCGACGACCGCUACCGCAGACGCUCCCCCCUCUCCACCCCCACGCCGCCUAUUCGCUCCGUUAUAUGUCAUAGACGUUGAAAACUUGUACUCGACACUCUCCCGGACCACUGCUACUGGGCUGGGAACCCUGCCCGACAUAAUGCUCAAGACCAAGCUGUACGAGAAAGUCGACUGUGAUGGCUGGUGUGCGGGAAACGAACUGUGGAUGCUGCGCAAGGUGUUCAUGGCCAUGGCGGAGAAGGGCGGCGUUGAUGACCAGGACAGCGAGUGGCCGGGAGGACUGGGCCAAAUGUCGACCACUUUCGCGAUUGGUGGUUAUGAUGAUGAGGCUUCAGAUUAUGGGUCGGAGGAGGACGACUAG